CCAAACAAACCGCUGUCAGUCACAAAGCAGAAGUUGAGUAACCGCGAUCCGCUGUUCGCGUGCGUGAUUGAAAUUGUGGAAUUGUGACGAUAAAAUUGGGUGAAAAGCUUUUCGAAAUGAUCCUGCGAAGGGUGGGCGUUUGUCUGGUGCGACCGGCCGUGGUGCAGCUGAGGCGGACUUACACCGAGGGGAACAUUCUCAAGUUGCAGGAUCGGGGUUUCUUUCAGGACGUUUUCCCCGCAGAAGCGAUUGACAAAGCGCGCAGUAUGCUCGGAGCAUCUCCACAAACCAUCUACGCCGGGUUUGAUCCCACGGCGGACAGCCUGCACGUGGGCAACCUCCUAGUCAUCAUCGGCCUGCUACAUGCUCAACGGGCCGGUCAUCAACCGAUCGCCCUCCUGGGCGGUGCCACCGGACAGAUCGGUGAUCCCAGUGGUCGAAAAACUGAACGGCAAGCCAUGCUGCUCGAUAUGGUCAACCACAACCUGGCGUGCAUCGGAUCGCAAAUGGACACCAUCUUCCAGAACCAUCGGAAGUUUCUGUGGGAAAAGCGAGGCCACAGCGGAGCCCUGAAACCCGUCCUGGUGGUCAACAAUGCCGACUGGUACCGGGAGCUGAACUUUGUGCAGUUCAUCUCCAGCGUGGGACGGCACUUCCGAAUGGGGUCGAUGCUUUCGCGGGCGUCGGUUCAGAGCCGGCUGCAGAGCGAGGGUGGAAUGAGUUUCACUGAGUUCACGUACCAGAUAUUCCAGGCGUAUGACUGGUUGCAUUUGUUAAAGGCGCACAACUGUCGGUUUCAGCUCGGCGGAAGCGAUCAGAUGGGAAACAUUAUGUCCGGACACGAAUUGAUCUCGAGGGUUGACCGGAAGGACGUUUACGGAUUAACGUUACCGCUGAUUACGAACGAGGAAGGUGACAAAUUCGGGAAAUCCGCGGGCAAUGCAGUUUGGUUGAGUGGAGAUAAGACUUCGCCGUAUGCGUUGUACCAGUUCUUCGUGCGGACACCGGAUUCGGAGGUUGAAAAAUUGUUGAAGUUGUUGACGUUCUUACCGCUGGAUGAAAUCCGGAGUGUGAUGGCGAGACACCAGCGAACACCGGAACUCUGGGAAGCGCAGAAGAAACUGGCACAGGAGUUGACACUGUUGGUUCAUGGGGAGGAGGGUCUGAAGAAGGCAGAAGACAUAACGGCGGCCUUGUACAGUGGGAACGUUGAGGCAUUGGGUGAGCUGGAAGUGAAGGACAUUAAGCAGACUUUCGGGGGAGCACCGGUGGUCGAUAUUUUGCCGGAACCGGGCAUGACCGUUCUGCAGGUGGCGAUGAAGGCUAAAUGCUUCCCAACUGAGAAGGACGCGAUUCGGAUUAUCGGUGCCGGUGGUUUCACUAUCAACCUUAACAAGGCGAAGAAUCCCGCUGAGGUGCUGGCGCCAGGUGUUCAUAUUCUUAAAAACGGCAUUUCGCUGCUCCGAGUAGGUAAGCGCAACUAUUACAUUGUUAAGUGGUUAAUUUAAACACUAGUUGGCAAUUAAAAAUUAAGAAGAGACAGUUGAUCAA